UGGAACAAUCAUCCGGGCAUGGCACUUGUGCACCGGAAAUCUGCAGACGCACGAGUAGGAGGAGCACGGGAGCUCCGGGCUUGGACGCCGGCCGCGUUGGUCUCGAAUGCCCGCCCGUCCGCCCGCCCGCCCGCUCGCCCGCCAAACUGACCCAGAGCCAUUGGACGGCCAGCGAUCUGGUUGGUAACUCCCAAGGUUUGGGGGUCGAGCCACUCAUCUUUUCGGUGUAGUAGUUGCGACAUCUCAUGGCUGCGGAGGUGCUCGAACCGACACGAGGCCGACUUCCUGUGAUCACGCCAGUCGGGCCGCCCGUGGGGAGCCAUUCCAUGCGCGCCGGCCCAUUGUGCCUUGUUGCUGUGCCUGACGGGGGUGGGCAUUGUGCGAGAAAUAGGCACUUGCGCAUUGAAAGCAUGCAAACCGAGUCAGUAGUGAACGCCUACUCUCCUGGCAUCUGGCGAUGGGGGAAUAAUCUUGGGUGCUGGCGACGAUAGCCUACCUAAUUGGGCCUUGCAGCGGCUUCAGGUGUUGAGGCGCCCAUGGUCGAAAAAAAAAAGCCAAGGCAGCCGGUUGGCGGAUUUUUUUUUGUCGCCGAACGGGAAAACGGGAACCUACACCAACGUCCAGCCAAACUGAGAGAACCCAGAUGAGGCAUGUAGCCGCCGGGCAGCGCCUCAUCUGUUGUACAGCCCAUCAAACCCCCAAGAGAAAACCGGCGGACGCGCCCGGUUACCCCGAGCCAUGGGCGGCCGAUCGACGGCGUCCAAACGGAAGCCGGUUGCCCCGGCCGGCGACACUGGACGACAGGUAGCCGCCGCUGACAACCCCGAGGCCGACAACAAGCUACGGAAGCACCAGCAGCGGCUGCUCAAUGUCUUCUCCGACGCAUUCGCCGCCGUGCUGGCCCGCGACAGCCUCCCGACCAUCCUGCAGGAGAUCAAGCGGGCGCUGUACAACCGCGACUUUGCCGUUGCCUUUGGCCGCCAGGACUACCUCGAGGCCUAUGCCGCGCGAUGGAGCCCGACGCGUGCGCUGUGCUACGCCGCCGUCUUCCGGGCCAUUGGGGACCAUCUCGAUGCCCUCGCUGUGGAAGCGGAGGUGGCGGCGUCUGAUGAUGAUGUCGAGGCUACGUCGUCCCUACCGCCGCGAGGUGCUGCUGCUGCCGCAGACGGGGAGGGCGAGGAGGGGCCGAGAUCUUCGGACAGCGGUGACGGCGAGGCGUCCCCUUCCGCGGGACGACGACGACGACGACGCCGCCUGAGGAUGUUGUGCUUUGGAGGCUGUGCCGCCGAGCACGUCGCCUUUGCCUCACACCUUUGCGAGACGGGCUCGCGCGGCGACCUCACCCUCGUCGACUCGGCGCCGUGGUCCGAGACGGCGUCCCUGCUGCAGCGGCAGCUCACCUCGCCCCCUCCGCUGUCCAAGUACGCCUCGGCGGCCGCCCGCGCCGCCAACGCGGCCGCCAACAUCGUCGACGCCGCGCAGCUGCGCUUCGCCUUCUGCCAGGCCGACGCCCUGUCUCUGGGGAGGGACCGGCUCGCUGACCUGGUCGGCGCGCAGCGGCGCGGGAACCCUACCCCCCUCGUCGUCACCCUCAUGUUCACCCUCAACGAGCUGUACACGGACGGCGGCAUCGGCAAGACGACGAGGUUCCUGCGGCUGCUGGGCGAGGUGCUCCCCGGCGGGAGCCUGCUGCUCGUCGUGGACAGCCCGGGCAGCUACUCUGAGGCGGCGGUGGGCAAGGAGAAGAAAAAGUAUCCCAUGCAGUGGCUGUUGAACCACACCCUGCUUGGCACCGAGACUGCGGGCUACACGUGGGAAAGUAUCGAGUCGGAGGAUUCCGUCUGGUUCAGGCUACCGGACGGCCUGGAUUAUCCCAUCCAGCUGGAGAAUAUGAGAUAUCAGAUGCACCUCUACAGGAUACACAGGCCAGAGUCAUAGCGUCAUUCAAUAUGACAAAUGAAAGAUAUGUUGAUGCGUUUGUCAAUCAAAAAGUCCUGCUCAG